UCAAAAUCAAAAUAGGUAGAUUGGUACCUAUCACACUAAAUUAUUUUAAUAAAAUUUAUUAAAUAGUAUAAGUUAUUUAUUUCAUUCAACAACAAAAAUGUCGAAACGAAGUGUAAUGUUUCACCCAAUAAUCAGCUCUAUUCAGCGCAUCGCCCUUUAUGAAACAAAAGCUAGAUUCUACUUAAUUGGCUCUAACAACACACAAACAAGGUUCCGAGUACUAAAAAUAGACCGGACUGAGCCGAGGGAGCUCAUACUGGUCGAUGAUAAGGUGGAGUACAAUAAACAAGAGAUACAUCAGUUACUCAACAUGAUCGGGUUUGGUAACCGUACCGGCAGGAUGGGAGGCUUCAACAAACUCGUCUCUGCGUUUGGUAUUGUAGGCUUUAUAAGAUUUCUAGAAGGUUACUACAUAAUACUAGUGACGAAACGAAGAAAAAUAGCCAUGAUCGGAGCACAUUCCAUAUAUAAGAUUGAAGACACAGCCACUAUAUACAUUCCUAGUGAAAACACGAAGCCUCAGCAUCCUGAUGAGCAGAGAUAUUUGAAGAUGUUCCAGGCUAUAGACCUGUCAACCAAUUUCUACUACAGCUAUAGCUACGAUGUAACUCAUACGUUACAAAUGAACAUGGCACCUCCGAGGCAGUUGGCUCCGGUUUUAUUUCCAAAGCCUGAUACAGCGGUUGUGUACGGUUCUCAAUCAUCGGAGAGCGAGGAAGUGAAAUGUACCUGUAACGUUGAUAAUGAUGACGAAGACAUAUUCGAAACUUGGAAAAGUCAAAUACAACAACGGCAAGAGAAAACUGGCUGUACAAACGCAACGCUACAAUUCGGCGUGCGCGCAGUCCCCGAGUGGCGCUUCGUGUGGAACAGCCACCUGCUGUCGGCGGUCCACAACCACCUCCACCCUGACUGGAUCCUGUACAUCAUCCACGGGUUUAUAGAGCAGAGCAACUUGAAUAUAUUCGGCCGACCUAUAUAUCUGACGCUGAUUGCAAGGCGGAGUAAUAGAUAUGCUGGGACCAGAUUCCUGAAGAGAGGAGCUAAUAUGCACGGAGACGUGGCCAAUGAAGUGGAGACGGAGCAGAUUGUGCACGACUCUAUGGUGUCCUCGUUCACUGCUGGCAGCUUCAGCUCGUUCGUGCAAAUGCGCGGCUCCAUACCCAGCUACUGGUCUCAAGAUGUCUCCAAGAUGGUGCCAAAGCCGGCCAUAUCUAUAGACCUGGGCGAUCCAUACGCUGAAAUACCAGGAAAGCAUCUCAACAACCUGUUAAGACGAUACGGCUCACCGAUAAUGUUCUUGAAUCUGGUCAAGAAGAGAGAGAAGAGAAGACACGAAUCGUUACUUACCGAUGUGAUAAGUAAUGCUAUAAAAUAUUUGAACCAGUUUUUGCCGCCGGAGCACGCGAUACAGUAUAUACAUAUAGACAUGGCCAGGAUGAAUAAGGGGGCGGAUGCUAAAGUUUUGGAUAAACUGUCGACGAUUGCGCACGCGGCGAUCCGGCGCACCGGCUUCUUCGUGAGCCGCGCGGGCGCGGGCGCGGGGGCGGGGGGAGCGGGGGGCGCGGCCGGCCACCAGGGGGGGCGGCUGCAGGGCGGGCUGCUUCGCGUCAACUGCGUGGACUGCCUGGACCGCACCAACACCGCGCAGUUCGCCGUCGGGAAGUGUGUGCUCGCCCAUCAGUUGCACGCCCUGGGUCUGAUCUCGGAGCCCGUGAUAGAGUUUGACUCUGACUGCGUGCGGUUGUUGGAGGGGCUGUAUGAAGACCACGGAGACACCCUGGCUUUGCAGUAUGGUGGCUCACAGCUGGUGCACAGAAUAAAAACUUACCGCAAAACGGCGCCAUGGUCCUCCCACGGGAACGACAUCAUGCAGACCCUGAGCCGGUACUACUCCAACACGUUCUCGGACGCGGAGAAGCAGAGCACCAUCAACCUGUUCCUGGGGCUGUUCGUGCCGGACGCCGCGCUGGCGGAGCGCUCCGACCGCGCGCUGCACCACCCUGAGGCCGCCGUCUACAUUCCUAGGAAGACUUCACUAACUAAAUGGUGGGAUGACGAGGUGCUACGUUAUUUGCCAGUGCCAUGCAACGAGAUGCGGAAGCUAUGUUGCGAGAUCAUCGGCAUGCAGGGUGACAGUGCGCGUGCGCUGGAAAUGUUGGACACGUACCACGAUUACUACCGCCCAUUCGAAUACACGGUGUUCUCGGAGUGCUUCGAGUUUAAAAUGUGCCACACGCGCGAGCUGGCGCCGCCGCUGUCGGGCGCCAGCCCCUUCGUGGUGCGCGGCCGCACGCGCGCGCCGCGCCCCGCGCUCGCCGGCGCCGCCACCGCGGCCUACUGCGACUCGGAGUCUGACAGCUCUUCGUCCACCGAAGAGGAUUUGUCUCUCAGCAGCCGAGCGGAGCCCCGCGCGCCCGUCACCCACCCGCACCCCCCGCGCGCCGACACCGACACACACAACACGCUGAUGCUCGCCGACCCGCCCAAGAGGGAUAUGACUAUUUACAAACGGUACGUGAACUUCGAACGAAGAUCAAACCCCAAAUACGAGAGCGACAUCCACGUGGUUCUAACAGUUAGCAGCGCGUUCACGAUCGACAGCUCUGUGGACGUUAUACCGCCCACCGUGAACAAGGUGGCGAAGGAAAUUUAUCAAGACUACGUCAAACGAGGGCAAGGCUACGUGGCAACACCGACUGAUUCGCUCCAUCUCUACGCCAAAUAUUGUAAUCUCGCUUUUUAAUAAAUAUAUUAUU